AUGGAGAAUUAUUUAUAUUGCAGACAUGACAUUUUCCCUCAAAUAAACUCAAAUAUAUGCUACACUGAUGUGUUCUGUAUCUUUUACCUGGUGGUCAACAUUGUCACCUUCCUGGUUGGAGUUCUUGGGAACGGCCUGGUCAUCUACAUCACUGGUCUCAAGAUGAAGAAGACGGUCAACACCACCUGGUACCUCAGCCUGGCCGUGUCCGACUUCAUAUUCUGUGUCGCAAUUCCACUGUUUAACAUCAUCCUCAUUUUUAAAAAAGUGGAUUGCAUCUUUGAGCUUUUCAUGAGUUCCUUCAUUUUUGCUCUGAUAUUCAUCCCCAUGUUCAGCAGCAUCUUCCUCCUAGUCAUCAUCUGUGUUGAUCACUGUCUGUGGGUGGUGUUUCCAGUCUGGUCUCAGAACAACCGUACCAUCGACAAGGCCUCUAUUGUGGUGAUCCUGGCCUGGGUUUCCUCUGCCCUCAGCACUCGUUUUAUGUUUGUGGGUGAAAUAGACAGGGAGAAGAUAGUAGCGAGUAACUUCAUUGGUGGCUUUGUAGUGCCCUUCCUCAUCAUCUUCUUCUGUUACUCUGUAACUAUCCUGAGACUGAGAACCAGACAAAUGAGGAGUGUGUCCUCCAAGUCCCUCAGAGUAAUGACUGCCCUGAUCGCCAUAUUCAUCAUCUGCUGGCUGCCCUUCCAUGUCUUCAUGCUGUUACCCUGGAACCACAUAUUUUACAUCCCAGAGGUCAUAAUACCUGGACUACUGGUCGCAAUAAUGUUAGCCACAGUCCAUAGUUUCCUCAGACCAGUGAUGUAUGUUUGCAUGGGGAAUAACGUCCCACCAACACUCAAGAGGUCCAUAGUUGGUAGGAUUGAGAAUGUCCUUGGAGAGGAAGACCCCCCCACCACCAGCCAUGAAACAUCCACACAUCUCUAAAACUCUCUGAGGAUGACAAGGACUCAGG